UUGUUGGAUGUUGUGUAUGAUCGUGAACUUGAAGUGGGCACAGCAUUUCUGGUUCUUGUUCACCAAAUACCAAUAGUUGACCUGCAGCCACUGUACAAAGGCUGUUUAUCCCUUGUGGGGAUGUAGGUCUACUUGCCAGCCCCAACAGCUGCGUCGGAACAGGGCUGUAUUUCGCAUCUCCACCGUGCCAGCCUACGGCUGACCCACUUCGUCUGGAUUUGCUCGGAUCUGGCGUACGGCAUGCGCCUGUGGCGUUUUCGUCGUUGUUCGACGAUAUUGUUUGGCCUAGCAAUAGCGUGGCUGGUGUGUGGAGCGGGGUACUUCUUGUACCUCAGUGUUCCGAAGUCCCUGUCCAGCGCUGGAGGUGAUGCUCCGGAGGUAGCAGGUGCCAAUGGGAUCCAGGGAAAUGUGAGAGCUGACUUACGUGGUGACGUAGGACAACAGGCCGGAGAUCGUGCAGCUGUGGAGAACGAUGCUGUCCGCGACGUGAGGCGGAAUGUGGAAGCGGCGAACAAUUUAGAGCCGGACGAGAAUGCAAAGAGUGAACUAGUGGGCGAGCAGGACUAUAGUAAUGUAGUACUGGAUGCCCAGAAGAAGCAGAGUGGUUACGAUGGCUACGGCUUUAACGAGGCGCUGAGCGAAGCAAUCCCGGUCAGACGCGCCGUACCCGACUUCAGGCAUAACCUCUGCAAGCGUCAGAAAUUCCCACUGGCCGAUCUACCCACUGCUUCUGUGAUAGUAAUUUUUCACAACGAAGCAUGGUCAGUUCUGCUGCGAACCGUUUACAGCGUUCUGAACCCGCACCGCUCGCCUCCACAUCUCCUAAAGGAAAUCAUCCUUGUCGACGAUUUCAGUGAAAAAAUUCAUCUCAAGGAACGCCUGGACAACUAUGUCAGCGAGAAUUUGCCGAAAGUGAAAGUGCUGCGCAAUCCGGCUCGGCAGGGUCUGAUCCGCUCGCGUCUAAACGGCGCGGCGAAAGCAACAGGGGAUGUCUUGGUCUUCCUGGACAGCCAUUGCGAGGCGACGCUUGGCUGGCUGACGCCCUUGGUAGGUCGCAUCCACGACAGCCGCUCGGCUGUUGUUACGCCGGUCAUCGAUGUGAUCGAUAUGGAUAGCUUCAAGUAUCAGGGAUCCGUAUCAAGCAUUAUGGUUGGCACGUUCAGCUGGGACCUGAUCUUCCGCUGGGUGGCAAUCCCGGACAAAGAGAAGAAGCGGCGGAAGAGUUUCAUCGACGAACUGAGAUCGCCGACCAUGGCAGGUGGUUUAUUCGCCAUUGACCGGUCGUAUUUCUAUGAGAUUGGUUCGUACGAUGAGGAGAUGGAAGUCUGGGGAGGAGAGAACUUGGAAAUGUCCUUUAGGAUUUGGCAGUGUGGCGGUACACUGGAGAUCAUGCCCUGCUCUCACGUUGGGCACAUCUUCCGCAAGCGCUCGCCUUACUCUUUCCCUGGUGGUGUUGAUCGUGUGGUAACCAAGAACACUGUCCGCAUGGCCGAGGUCUGGAUGGACGACUACAAGGAACUCUACUACAAACGUCGGCCUGACGCACGUGGUCGUGACGUUGGCUCACUGACCAAGCGCAAGGAGCUGCGUGAGCGUCUCAAGUGCAAACCGUUCCAGUGGUACAUCGACAACAUCUUCCCCGAGCUCUACAUCCCGGGCAAGAGGUCGCUAGCGCUGGGAGUGGUGCGCAAUCCGAAGAGUGACCUGUGCUUGACGAGUAACGGCGGUCUCUCCGAUAACUCCGCCAUCGUUCUUGGCAAGUGCAACCCACAGGAGAUCAGCCAGAGCUUUGACUACACUCUGAAGAAGGAGCUUCGUUAUGAUGAGUACUGUGUGGACGCAUCGCAACGCACUCCCAACUCCCCAGUUGUCUUCUUCCCGUGCCACGGCCUGGCCGGCAAUCAAGAAUGGGAACACCGACCGGACGGUACGUUGUAUCAUGCAUCUACUCAACAAUGUAUGGACCGUGGCUCAGCUAGCUUUGGUGGUAAAGUAGUCAUGAACGACUGCAACAGCGAAGAGCCGUCGCAGAUCUGGUCACUCACUCUCGUCGAGCAGAAGGCCGCAGCCUAGCCGGGAUUACCAGCGGUGCGCGGGCGGCCGCCAACGCCACCUUGCUUGGUCAGCGCACACUCUACUGCUGCCAGCAUGGAGCACUGCUCAACUCGCAUGAACCGUAGUAGUGUGUUGCGACGCGCACACACACACACCGUCUCUGAAUCUGCCGUCUGGCCGCUUACUCGUGUGCCAGUGUGCCUUGUAUUGACAUGAUGACGUCACAGUUCCAGGAGCAACAGCAGUUUGAAUCCACCUCGCCAGUCUCCAUUCUAUAUUUAAGCCAACCGGUCCACGCCGUCCCCCGGUCCCACGACGUCCGUGGCCCAUGCACAGCACUGGAUUCCACUGCUUGCUUUCGGUGUUCCCGUGCUGCGCGCUACGUCCUACUGGUGCCAGCCUGUGCUCUCAUCCAUUCCGUUUAGUCCACCAAUGUCCUAUCAUCGAGCCUGCGUCCGUCCUGUCCUGUCCGACAUGUCCUAUAGGGAUGCCCCGAACAUACCAUGUACAUAAUAAUCACUAGGGCGUAGAACGUUUUUUUUUUAAUGCUGGCAAUGCAUGCAUCUUUGCCCGUGAUACACCUGAGCUGAGCUGAUUUUGGCAACUAUUUCUAUCACUUUCGGAUCCGCCAGCACCCAGGCGUUGAGGCAGAUGUAGCGCCGCUCCCCUCAAGAGGUACGCUGCCCGAUUGGGCAGGCAAGCGCAACCCGCCAUGGUUCUGUGGAUGCACCGAUUGCUAAGUCUCCACUUUCUAUUCUCUAGUCUUACGGCGGUAAGGUCUUUUCUGCUCGUUCGGCAGACAGCGUACCACUGUUCCGCUCGCUCCAGAAGGCAUUACCUCUUGCGGUUCCGUUUCUAAAUAUGUUUGUUUAUCAUGAUAAACCACCACUGAGAAUAAUGUCGCUGAGGCAGUAUAAGUCCAUGCACUACAUACAUUGUACAUUGUACUUCCAGUACAGUCAAAAUCA